UUCUAGAGAGAGAAACUUUAAACAUGUUUGGGGUCAAUGUUGGUGCAAAAAGCCAAUUGGGGAUUGGUUCCCUCUCCUGUGUUUCUGCAGGCCUCAAACUAAAGCGCCCUCUUCUUUUCUCACUCCAACACACCAGGAAGAUUCCUCCAUUUUUUUUCAGUUUUUCUCCUUCAACUGAUCGCUCCACAAAGUGCAGCGUAAAGCAGGAAGCAAAGAUGGGGACUGUUUCUCUCUCUGAAAAAUCCAUCACCCACGUCAUGUUCGACAUGGAUGGGCUAUUACUUGAUACAGAAAUAUUUUAUACUAUUGUCCAAGAAAAGAUCUUGUCUAGAUACGGAAAACAUUUUGACAUGUCAUUGAAAUCAAAAUUGAUUGGACUGAAGGCAACUGAGGCUGCUCAAGUUUUUGUUCGAGAAACAGGACUAGAUGGCAUUCUCUCCCCUGAGGAGUUUCUUAGAGAAAGAGAGGAAAUGCUUAAAAGCUUAUUUCCGACUUGUAAACUGAUGCCAGGAGUGAGCCGUUUGAUCAAUCAUCUUCAUGCUCACAGGGUUCCGAUGUGUGUGGCAACAAGUUCUCACAGACGACAUUUUGAGUUGAAGACAACAAAUCAUAAGGAUACAAUCUCCAUGAUGCAUCAUGUGGUUUGUGGUGAUGAGCCAGGAGUUAAACAAGGGAAGCCAUCCCCAGAUAUCUUUCUUAUAGCAGCUAAAAAAUUUGAGGGUGCUCCCUUGGAUAAUGAUAGAAUUUUGAUAUUCGAAGAUGCACCAUCUGGUGUGGCAGCUGCCAAGGCUGCUGGAAUGUGGGUAGUGAUGGUUCCGGACCCCAAUUUGGACAAUGAUUUGCACAAGGGCGCUGACCAGGUCCUUGCCUCCCUAUUGGAUUUCAGACCAAGUGACUGGGGUUUACACCCUUUUGAGGAUACUUGAAGCUAAAAAUAUCAGACGACUAUAUUGAUAAUGAAGCCAUAGUGUAAUGAUUCUUGGUAUCUUUCAUGCUUUAUUUGUCACGUAAAAAUCAAGAGAAUUUGUAAUUCUCGCAUCAGUUCGCAAAUUUGGUUCACAAGGGUUGGUAAAAAUUGGGUAAACUUGUAGAUUUCUUAUUUUUACACAAAUCUUUCAGAAAAAAGAAAAACUCGUAUCAUCCUUCUAUUGAAAGAUUUACUGGCCCGUAUAGCUUGUGCGGAAUUUUGCUCUGAUUUGGCACACACAUAAGAGAUGUAAAACUGAUACUUUUUCGUCAGGAUUUUGAGCCUGAUAUUACCAGUUGACUUUAAACUAUGUCUCUUGUUUCUUGGA